AUAAACAAUGUAAGCCCUUAGUCAAAAAAAAAAGUUAUAAACAAUGUAAUAAAAAUUAUUAUCAUUUUAUUUUAACUAUUGGAAGGCUUUAAAAUUUUGAGCUAAUGUUUUAUUUGUCUAUGUUAAGAAUAAUUCUGUCCAUGCGAUUAUGAUCUCGAAGGCAUACAUUCUUUAUGUUAUAGACCAGCAUUUUUGUGUGUAUACAAUUCGAACAUUUAAUCAUAGAAAGAAAGAAAGAAAGAAAGAGUUAAUAAUUCUCAAAUUAUUGGUACUAGUCGUUAACAUAUGGAUAAAGAUCAAUUUCAAUAUAUUUAAAACUCAAAACUUUGCUUUGCCUUUCCCCCUCCAAUGAAGUCAAAUCAAUUGUAAAUAAAUAACUAAACCAAAAAGGAGGUAAAUUAGUCAAAUUAAGCAGGCAAUGUUGGGUACCAAACACAAACUUUAGUCUCUUUUAAUCUUCUUUUCUCCAAUAUUUUUUUUACAUUUUAUUUUUCUAGCAGUUCCCUUGAUUAUUAUCUUAAUCUCUAUCUAGUUAGUUACCAACUCCACUUCUUACUUCUUAUUCAAAGUCUCUUCCUAUAAAUACCUUCUUCCUCUCCUCUUGCUUCAUAUCACUUCUCAUCACAAAGUCUUCUCUCCUUUCUUCAUCUUCUCGUCAAACAUAAUGGCAAGACUCAGCAGCUUUCUCUUUGUUCUUUCUCUCCUUUGCGUUCUCCCUAUUUACCUCUGCCAACAGAGCUAUGGAGGCAAACUAAACCCUGGUUACUACGCACAUUCAUGCCCGCAAGCCGGAGAGAUCGUGAGAUCAGUUGUAGCUCAAGCUGUUGCUAGAGAGACACGUAUGGCUGCUUCCUUGAUGAGACUUCAUUUCCACGACUGCUUCGUUCAGGUUUGGUUAACUUCUUCUGUACGUUCCAUCAUUUUUUGUUUGUUACGUACUGAGCAAGGUAACUGUGAAAUGCAGGGUUGUGAUGGCUCCUUGCUUCUAGACAGCAGUGGGAGGAUAGUGAGUGAGAAAAGCUCCAACCCUAACAGCAAAUCAGCUCGUGGAUUUGAAGUAGUUGACCAGAUCAAAGCUCAACUUGAGAAACAAUGCCCUGGAACUGUCUCUUGUGCUGAUAUUCUAACCCUAGCCGCUAGAGACUCCUCUGUUCUUACUGGUGGACCAAGCUGGAUGGUCCCAUUGGGAAGAAGAGAUUCAAGAAGUGCAAGCUUGAGCGGUUCGAACAACAACAUCCCUGCACCAAACAACACUUUCCAGACAAUCCUCAGCAAGUUUAAUCGUCAAGGACUUGAUGUCACCGACCUUGUCGCUCUCUCUGGGAGUCACACUAUUGGAUUCUCGAGAUGCACAAGUUUCAGACAGAGACUAUACAAUCAGUCCGGAAACGGUCGUCCAGACAUGACAUUGGAACAAUCAUUCGCUGCUAACUUGCGACAAAGGUGUCCAAGAUCUGGAGGGGACCAGAAUCUCUCGGUGUUGGACAUCGUCAGUGCGGCGAAAUUCGACAACAGCUAUUUCAAGAACUUGAUAGAGAACAUGGGUUUGUUGAACUCGGACCAGGUUCUGUUCAGCAGUAAUGAUAAAUCGAGAGAUCUUGUAAAGAAGUAUGCAGAGGAUCAAGAAGAGUUUUUCGAGCAGUUUGCCGAGUCGAUGAUCAAGAUGGGAAAUAUCUCUCCCUUGACCGGUUCGAGUGGUGAAAUCAGAAAGGAUUGCAGGAAGAUAAACUCUUGAAUUCAUGAUAUGAGUAAAAUGUUUUUGAGGGGAAGAAAAUGUGUGACACUUGUUUACUUUGUGUGUUUUUUUUCUUAUGUCAUUUGAAGUUUCGAGGUGUGUUAUUUUGAUUUUGUAUUAAGAUAAGAAGAAAGAUUAUUAGGGAAUAUUUUAAAAUAUUUUCUAAUUUUCAGUUAAAAUAUUAGAGAAUUUUUACCAUUAUCAAUAGAAACUUGUCUAUGAAAUCUUAUCAACAUAUAUUAUUAGUAAAUUUUAAUUUUAUUAUUGUAAACCAACUGGUUUAUUGAAAGGAGAUUUAUUAACAAUGUGUUUAACCAACAAUGAUAACUAACCAAAAUUAUGCAUCGCAAACCAGUCAUUAAUGUGGAAAUAGGUCAGUUUAAUUGUUAAACUAUAGUGAUCGGUUUGGCACUGAAUACAAUUCUUUUAAUUCGGGUCGGAUAAUGGGUCGGAUUUUUCGAUUUAGGUUCAGUUCGGAUUUCGGGUUCCAGAUUUUAUGUCCAGGCCUAUAGCGAACCAUGCCAUAAGUUGGUUCUCUAAUAAGAACGAAGAGAUAAUUCGAUUAGAGAAUUUAUAAAAACUUAUAAUUUCAUUGAUGUAAACAUAAAAUUGUUAUCACAAUCUUUUUCAUACUAGAUGCAUAAUCAUAUAAAUUAUAUUACCUUAGUUAAUUAAAAGUUUCUAACAAAUUUUUUUAAAAAUAUUAAAAAUAAUUUAUAAUUUUCAGUUAAAUAAUUAGUUAUCAACACAAAAGUUCAAUGAGUAGAUUCAAUUAGAAAAUUAAAAACAAAAUCCAUAUAAAACAAAAUAAUAAUAUUAGACUUU